AUGAUAAAUGAUUUUGAUUACUUUUUCUUUGAUGUAGAUGGAGUACUUUUUCAUGGACAUCGAGCAUUGCGUGGAGCAGUGGAAUUUAUCAACAAGCUGUGUGACUUAGGCAAAGAAAUUUAUUUUGUCUCAAAUAAUUCUUGAAGAACAAGAGAAAAACAAGUAUGCCAUUACCGCUGUAUAUAAUUAUUUAUAUACAUAUCAGGCAGAUAAAAAAUAAUUAAAAAUAUAUUUAGUACAUUAUAGAAUUUUUUGCAAAAUACGGUAUCACAGCUAAAAAGGAAAACAUCUUAAACGGUGCUUAUGCAAGUGCGCAAUGGGCAACUAAUUAUUGUCCAAGAAAUUCCAAAGUUUUGACAAUAGGUGAAGAUGGUGUAGAUGAAGAACUUACUUACUUAAUUACUUAUCUACUUACUUAUUUACUUAGUGUUUAAGGUGUCUCUAGUGUCCGCUCCCUAAUAAAUAGGGACUAAGCCAACUGGUGACGUCACUGGUCACGCCACCAAAAUGGAGGUCAGCCUGACAAUCCUCGCGCGAGCUAGCGGUAACCCCAGGGCUACGGAUCUCACCCGAUGAAGAACUUACAGAAUUCGGAUUCAGAGUAACCAAUACAAGGUCAUUGAAUCCUCCAAAUUAUGAAAAUCUAAUGCUUAAUAUUGACCCAGAAAUAAAAGCUGCUAUAGUCUCACAUUCUGACUCAUUAACCCAUCAAAUGAUUUAUUACGCCUCAAUUCAUGUACAGAAUGGAGCAGUUCUGGCUUCCCCUAAUUAUGAUACUCAAUAUAAGUUUGGAAAAUUUCUAUUGCCAUGUGCUGCUUGCACUGUUGAUGCAGUUUUAGCAUCAUCUGGGACAAAAAAUUUUGUGAACAUUGGAAAGCCAGACCCUUAUUUAUUAAAUUAUAUAUUUGAAAGGGAUAGAAUCAAUAAGGAAAGAUCUAUUUUCUUUGGCGAUACAAUGGUGACUGAUAUUUUAUUAGCAAAAAAUGCAGGAAUAAAAUCAGUUUUAGUCUUGACAGGGGUGGAGACCUUGGAUUCAUAUACAAAAUACGAUUAUUCGCCAGAUUACGUAUAUGAAUCAGUAGGGAAAUUUAAAUAA